AUGUCAAUGUUGCUUAUUGACUUUUCGAAUGCGUUCAACAUGGUGAGCAAAUAUCAUCUCAUCAAGGAGGUUCGUCUUCAUUGUCCAGGUAUUUCUCAUUGGGUGGAAUUUUGUUACAUGCGACCGGCUACACUCUACUAUGCCCAAUAUAUUUUAUCUUCUGCUCUCAGAGUCCAACAAGGUGAUCCUCUCGGUCCCUUGAUAUUUUCCUUGACACUUCACCCCCUGGUGAAGACCAUUGCUUCCAGAUGCAAGCACGAUUUACAUUCUUGGUACCUUGAUGAUGGUACAAUCAUUGGUGAUACUCUUGAGGUUUCCAAAGCCUUACGCUUGAUUGAAACUGAAGGACCGGGAAGAGGUUUACAUCUUAAUAUCAAGAAAACGGAAGUCUUUUGGCCUUCGAUUGACCCCAAAAGUACUGUUGACGGUAUUUUCCCAACUGAUAUUGGUAGACCUUCUAAUGGUGUUAAAAUUUUGGGUGGUCCCGUGAGUCUGGAUUUGAACUUUAUUAGUGAUAUGAUGUUGAGUAGGGUGAACAAGACAGUUCAAUUAAUGUCUGCCAUUAAAAAACUCAAGGAUCCUCAAAGUGAGAUGCUAUUACUUCGCAAUUUCACCGGUGUGUCUAGGUUAUAUUUUGCAAUGCGUACUACCAACCCUGCAGCCCUUCAAAAAGCUACUGAGCUUUUCGAUGAUCACCUGCUCAAGUACUUGAGACUCCUUGUUACUGGAGACGGUCCUAGUUUUGGUCCUUUACAACGGAGAUUGGCUACCUUGCCCAUCAAGGACGGUGGCUUGGGAAUUUACACCAUGGCAGACACCCGCACCUAUUGUUAUCUAGCUUCUCAGAGCCAUACUUCUUCAGUGCAAAAGGUGAUACUGGGUAACUUGUUCAAUGCUCUGCUUAUCAUUUGGCUCUUCAGAACUUCAUCCAGUGGGCUUAACCAAUGCCUGGGGCCAAGACAGUUCAGAUAUGUCCUUUGUUACCGUCUUGGUAUCCCAUUGUUUGUUGAGAAUGGUUUAUGCUCAAGUUGCAGCAAAUCUAUGGAUAUCUUUGGGGAUCACGCGCUCCAUUGUGAUAAGGAUGUUGGUAUUAAGUUAAGACAUGACUUUGUACGUGACAUUGUCGCUGACAUUUGCUACAAAGCUGGUGUGCCUGCCCGCAAGGAAGUUUCUCUUGGGUUUCUGUCAGAUGAUGACAAAGGAUUACGGCCUGCUGAUAUUCUCGUUCUUAACUGGGAAAAUGGUAAAGUUGUGUGCAUGGAUGUUACAGGUGUCUCUCCUUUCACGGGAGAUGGUAUUCGCUCUUUCGUUCCAGGAAAAGCUAUCUCUAGUGUUGUUUCGCGUGAAUGCACUAAAUACUUGGACAAGUGUGUCUCCCAUGGAUAUGAUCUGGGUGUUCUAGCUUUCUCUACCUUAGGGGAACUUGGAGAAGAUACUUUAUAUUUUUUCAAGCGUCUGAAGAAUUAUUUAGUUAGCAACGAUGCAAGUAGUGGUUUUGAUAGUUUCAUUUUUCAUAGGCUAGGUAUUGUUAUUCAAAAAGGAAGAGGUAUAAAUAGUGAAGGGAUAUGCCAGAAGAAGGAGGGAGAUAUUGGGAGACGUUUAGACACGACAAAGUUGGAGAAAUUGGAGUUACAGAGAACUGUCAUUGCUGCUCAUGUGAAGAACACGAAGAACAUUAGUCACUAG